AGCGGCGGCGGGCUCCCGCGGCGAGGCUCCCGGCGGUGGCACGAUGGUGUGCGGCGGCUUCGCCUGCUCCAAGAACUGCCUCUGCGCCCUCAACCUGCUCUACACGCUGGUGAGUCUGCUGCUGAUUGGAAUUGCAGCAUGGGGAAUUGGCUUCGGCCUCAUCUCUAGUUUCAGAGUUGUUGGAGUGGCAAUUGCUGUAGGCAUCUUCCUCUUCUUCAUUGCCUUAGUUGGAUUGAUUGGUGCAGUGAAACAUCACCAAGUGUUGCUGUUCUUUUACAUGAUUAUUCUCUUGCUAGUCUUCAUUGUCCAGUUUUCUGUCUCCUGUGCCUGUUUGGCACUGAACAAGGAACAGCAGAGUCAACUUCUAGAGGUGGGAUGGAAUAACACUAAAAGUGCAAGAACAGACCUUGAGAGAAAUCUGAAUUGUUGUGGAUUCAGAUUUUUUGAUCCAAAUGAAACCUGCUCCUCUGAUUGUUUUAGAAGUCACCAGUGUCAACCAUGUGCGCCAAUAAUAGAAGAAUAUUCGGGAAUGGUGCUCAGAUUUGUUGGAGGCAUAGGACUUUUCUUCAGUUUCACAGAGAUUCUGGGAGUCUGGCUGACCUAUAGAUACAGGAACCAAAAGGAUCCCCGUGCAAACCCUAGUGCUUUUCUUUGAUAAGUUUAUAAAGGACUGAAUCUUCUUUCUGCAUCCUCUACUUCAGAGUAUUAGAUCUCCAUAGUUUAGUGUUUCUCUGUAGUAGGAAUACUCUGUGUACCAGAAGGAAAAUUUACCUUCUAUAAGUUUGCAGUUUUCAUCUUUAAAUAUUCACUGUUUUUCUUAUAAGAAUCACUAUCUUGAAGUAGAUUGGCAUAUCCAGUAGUUGGGCAGAAUCAGAAUGCUGUUCUGAGCUGAUAAUUUUUUGUUAAAGACUUUGGUAGUUGGUGUGGUGAACUCUAUUCAGUGAGUUUUGAAGCACUACUAGCUUCUCUGGUGUCCAAAAAAAAAAAAAAAAAAAAAAAGUGUUUUCUGCUGUAUUCAUUAAUUACAAAAAUUCACCUAAUUUCUCAUUAAAAUUACAAAAAUAAAUGGUGGAUGUUUAGUGCUUGUUUGAUUGUAUGAUUUGAUUAGGAUUUAGGAUGAAUUCUAGUUGCAUUCUGUGUCUAAAUAAUGGUCUCACUCUCUUGUUAAGGUUAUAAAAAAGUUGAAGUUGUUUUGUUAUUUUCUGUACUGCACAUAAGUGACUACUGUAAUCUUCACCCUUUCCCUUCCCUGUUUGCUGUGGCUAUUUGGUAGAUUUAGAUUUCUUUUUGAAAAUAAAAGUACUUUAUUUUUUACUGGAUAUUUUCACUUUGAGAACAGUAAUGAAUGUAAUCUGCAGCUAAUCAACUUGAACCUGUUUUUUUCUUUGACAUCAAAAUGAAGUUUGGUAUUUGCACGACAUCAGAGUCGGUAGUGGUCUGUCAUCUUGUUCUUGUAAGAAACUUGACUUGGUGUUUGGAAAGUUGUACAAACAUUUUCACAGAUGGUGUAAAAUUAUUCUUGCAAUAAUUUAGCAGUAUUUAUUCCUCUGUUGUCCACCUAAAAGUCUUGAUUUGAUGAGAGAUUGAAAACCAGAGGUGGGGGGGAACCAAUUGUGUUUUCCACUAAUUUGUUUUAAAAAGAGAAAAGAAUUAAAGUUAAAAUGUGCAUAAUUCA